UCUGCAGCAAUCCCUCACAGAACUUCCAUGAUCAAUGCUCUCCACGCUCCUCCCUGACGAACUCUUGGCCGCGUUCCGAUAAGCUUUUCGCGACUCUAUAUCUUCAAGGUUACAAUGCUAGUUUAAAUGUUUCAAAAAACCUGCUGACAUCAUUACUACUCAAUAUUGUGAAGUAUCGUGCCAUUUGUUGUGGACCUUUAUUUUUGCCUAAACAUUUGACUAGCUCGUUGGUGAAGCUCAUCUCGGUGCAGAUGGCUCAACAAGUGGAGACAAGUGGAGGCAGCGGGCUGCCUGAACUUUCACCAAUUUUGAUGGUGGAGGCAGCUAUUGAUGAGCUUUAUAACAUCAGGGAUACAUUCUUUUCCAAGGAUCCACAGGAGAAGAGUGCUUGCUUACAAAAACAUGCCGACGCUGCUCUUGUUCUUGUGGACUCAGCUAUCCCAAUAGAUCUAAGGAAGUCAAUAUCGCAGCGUGCCCUAUAUGAAUUCUUAAGAGGAAAAAUACUGGAUGUGUUACCAGAUUAUCAGAAAGAGGCGGAAGACCAUUUGUCAAAAGCAGUUAAAUUGAAUCCAUCUCUUGCAGAUGCAUGGGCAUGCUUAGGUAACUGCAUCUGGAAGAAGGGAGAUCUACAAUCUUCAAAGAACUGCUUUUCCGUAGCUUUAAGCAUGGAUCCUAACAAGGAAAUACUUUGCCAGCUUUCAAUGCUCGAGAGAAGCAUGGCUCAAUCGAUGGAGAGUCAAUCUCACUUAGUUGAUGAAAGCAUCCAGCAUGCUAAAGAAGCAGUCACGUUGGAUAUUAAAGAUGGGAAUUCUUGGUACAAUCUAGGAAAUGCAUACCUUACAAGUUUCUUCGUGACUGGAGCAUGGGAUCAUACCAAAUUAAAGCAAUCUCUGAAAGCAUACAAAAAUGCAGAAAAAGACGAACUAAUGAAACUUAAUCCUGACCUCUACUUUAACUGUGCGAUGGCCAAUAAGUACCUAGAGAACUAUGAACGAGCUCUUCAUGGGUUCGAAGCUGCCGCCUCAAAGGAUCCUGGACUACAUGCGGAAAAUGAAGUCCACAAAAUUAUGCUCCUUCUUGACAAGCUUGAAAACUCUUUGAAGUGGCAAGACAGGUCUAAACGACUAGCUCCUUUGCUGGCAUCUUUAGGCGAAGUUAAUUCAAUUUCAACGCACAAGAAGGCCAACAUUAACAUCCUAACUCAGGGGUUGAACAAAGCAGUAAUGAUUGUUGGAAUAGUACUUGUUUCUGUCAUGCAUGAUGAUAUUGCUCCAUCGUAUUAUGUACUUUGUGAUUCAAAUCAAUCUUGUUUCAUACUUUCAGUUUAUGGAGUGCACCGUGAAGCAAUUAAAGAAGGUGAUCGAGUAACAUUACUAGACCCAUUUUACCGCAUCAAUGCUUUGACCUGGAAACAAAAGCAUUAUGAAUUCAAUUCAAUCCGUGUGGAUUUUGUGGAACAAAUCCUUGUGAAUGAGAAGGCACCGGCUGCCAGACAUGCGGUCCGUGCAAGCAUCAAUGCACAGCUGAAGCCCUGAGUAUGCAACUUUAUUACUUCUCAACUUAGCACAUUUUUUGGUUAAUUUUUUGCUAUUUUUGAUACAUCAUUUUAUAUGUGAUUUAAAUCCAAUUAAACACUAGCUUUUUGCCCAAAUGAAUUGUUAAAGAUUCGUGCUUUUUAAUUUUUUUUCUACUUCAUUCUAAAGGUUC